GGGGGGAGAGACGGAGAGAGGAAAAAGAGGGGGGCGGCCAGAAGAGGGAAGGAGAGGCCUGGGGACAGGGCCCCCGCCCCCGCCGAGGUCGGGUUUGAUGGUGAAAUAGUAAACCCACGCACGGAGGGUCGCCGGGAAAGUGGACAUUACCGCUUUAAUUAACUUCGAGAUGCUCCGGCGGCGGGACCUGGCGUAGCCGUGACGCGCCCCCAUAAAUCUGCCCGGCCCGGGGCUGCUGCGAGAACUCGUACAGUAGCGGCGUCAGAUCCAACCCGCACCUCCCAGUCCGGAGUCCAUUUGCAUAAUUGGAUUUUUUUUUUUUUUUUUUUUUGCCUCCUUCUUUCUCCCUGAAACUUGUUUGAAAACCCAAGUGAAAACCGGGACGAUCUGCACACUCAAAAGCAAGUGCCAAUUCCUGACCACCACGGCUUUAAGAAUAUCCUUCAACCAGGAGGGAGAUCCAUUGCUUUAAGACUUGCCUGGGAACGGGGACGCCCCUCUUGCAAUCUGUCAGUGCCUGCACCAACUUUAUCCUUUCUGGGGCAUUUUCUCACCAGACUGACAGUCCUUAAGACAAGUAUGCAGUUAAGCUGCUAAGGGAUGGAAGAAGCGAGCCUGUGCCUUGGAGUGUCUUCGGCGGAGCCGGAAGCUGAGCCCCACCUGAGCGGCCCCGUCCUCAACGGCCAGUAUGCCAUGAGUCAGAAGCUGCACCAGAUCACCUCCCAGCUCAGCCAUGCCUUCCCCGAGCUCCAUCCCCGGCCCAACCCCGAGGAGAAGCCCCCCACAUCCCUGGAGGAGAAGGCCCACGUGCCCAUGAGCGGCCAGCCCAUGGGCAGUCAGAUGGCGCUCCUGGCCAACCAGCUGGGCCGGGAGGUGGACACCAGCCUCAACGGGAGGGUGGACCUGCAGCAGUUCCUCAACGGGCAGAACCUGGGCAUCAUGUCCCAGAUGAGCGACAUCGAGGACGACGCCCGCAAGAACCGCAAGUACCCGUGCCCGCUCUGCGGCAAGCGCUUCCGCUUCAACAGCAUCCUCUCCCUGCACAUGCGCACGCACACGGGCGAGAAGCCCUUCAAGUGCCCGUACUGCGACCACAGGGCGGCGCAGAAGGGGAACCUCAAGAUUCACCUGCGGACCCACAAGCUGGGCAACCUGGGCAAGGGGCGUGGGCGUGUGCGCGAGGAGAACCGCCUGCUGCACGAGCUGGAGGAGCGCGCCAUCCUGCGGGACAAGCAGCUGAAAGGCAGCCUGCUGCAGCCCCGGCCGGACCUGAAGCCCCCGCCGCACGCCCAGCAAGCCCCGCUGGCCGCCUGCACCCUGGCCCUGCAGGCCAACCACAGCGUGCCCGACGUGGCCCACCCGGUGCCCUCGCCCAAGCCGGCCAGCGUGCAGGAGGACGCGGUGGCCCCGGCGGCGGGCUUCCGCUGUACCUUCUGCAAGGGCAAGUUCAAGAAGCGCGAGGAGCUGGACCGCCACAUCCGCAUCUUGCACAAGCCCUACAAGUGCACGCUGUGCGACUUCGCGGCUUCGCAGGAGGAGGAGCUCAUCAGCCACGUGGAGAAGGCACACAUCACCGCCGAGUCGGCCCAGGGCCAGGGCCCCAACGGCGGUGGCGAGCAGUCGGCCAACGAGUUCCGCUGCGAGGUGUGCGGCCAGGUGUUCAGCCAGGCGUGGUUCCUCAAGGGCCACAUGCGCAAGCACAAAGACUCCUUUGAGCACUGCUGCCAGAUCUGCGGCCGGCGCUUCAAGGAGCCCUGGUUCCUCAAGAACCACAUGAAGGUCCACCUCAACAAGCUGUCGGUGAAGAACAAGUCCCCCAGCGACCCCGAGGUGCCUGUGCCCAUGGGCGGCAUGUCCCAGGAGGCCCACGCCAACCUGUACUCCAGGUACCUCUCCUGCCUGCAGAGCGGCUUCAUGGCCCCGGACAAAGCCAGCCUGAGUGAGCCCAGCCAGCUCUAUGGCAAAGGCGAGCUGCCCAUGAAGGAGAAGGACGCGCUGGGGAAGCUGCUGUCUCCCAUCUCCAGCAUGGCCCACGGCGUCCCGGAGGGGGACAAGCACUCCCUCCUGGGAUGCCUCAACCUUGUGCCGCCGCUGAAAUCCAGCUGCAUCGAGCGGCUGCAGGCGGCUGCCAAGGCUGCGGAGAUGGACCCGGUGAACAGCUACCAGGCUUGGCAGCUCAUGGCCAGGGGCAUGGCCAUGGAACAUGGCUUCUUGUCUAAAGAGCAUCCGCUGCAACGCAACCACGAAGACACUUUGGCAAACGCCGGGGUUCUGUUUGAUAAGGAGAAGCGGGAGUACGUGUUAGUGGGAGCAGAUGGCUCCAAGCAGAAAAUGCCUGCUGAUUUGGUUCACAGCACUAAAGUGGGCAGCCAGAGAGACCUGCCAAGUAAGCUCGACCCUUUAGAAAGCAGUCGGGAUUUUUUGUCACACGGGCUGAACCAGACUCUCGAGUAUAACCUGCAGGGUCCUGGGAACAUGAAGGAGAAACCCACCGAGUGCCCCGACUGCGGCCGGGUGUUCCGCACCUACCACCAGGUGGUUGUGCACUCCCGUGUCCACAAGCGGGACCGCAAGGGCGAGGAGGAUGGGCUGCACGUGGGCCUGGAUGAGCGGCGUGGCUCGGGCAGUGACCAGGAGUCCCAGUCGGUGAGCCGCUCCACCACGCCGGGCUCCUCCAACGUCACCGAGGAGAGCGGGGUCGGAGGCGGCCUCUCCCAGACCGGGAGUGCCCAGGAGGACAGCCCGCACCCCUCCUCGCCAUCCUCCUCAGACAUUGGCGAGGAGGCUGGGAGAUCCGCCGGUGUCCAGCAACCGGCGCUGCUUCGCGACAGAAGCCUGGGCUCGGCCAUGAAGGACUGCCCGUACUGUGGGAAAACUUUCCGGACAUCCCAUCACCUUAAGGUGCACCUGAGGAUACACACAGGUGAGAAACCCUACAAGUGUCCGCACUGUGACUAUGCCGGCACACAGUCAGCAUCCUUAAAAUACCACUUAGAGCGACACCAUCGGGAGCGGCAGAACGGGGCUGGGCCACUGUCUGGGCAGCCCCCAAAUCAAGACCACAAGGAUGAGAUGUCAAGCAAAGCUUCUCUGUUCAUCAGGCCAGACAUCCUGAGGGGGGCCUUCAAGGGUCUCCCUGGAAUCGACUUCAGAGGAGGCCUUGCAUCUCAGCAGUGGACAUCAGGGGUUCUCUCCUCCGGAGAUCACUCGGGGCAGGCCACCGGCAUGUCUUCGGAGGUCCCCUCAGAUGCUCUGAAAGGCACUGACCUUCCUUCCAAAAGCACCCACUUCUCUGAGAUUGGAAGAGCUUAUCAAAGCAUCAUGAGCAACGGUGUGAAUUUCCAAGGGUCCUUGCAAGCUUUCAUGGACAGUUUCGUCCUCAGUUCCUUGAAGAAGGAGAAGGACAUGAAGGACAAAGCCCUGGCUGACCCCCCUUCCAUGAAAGUCCACGGAGUGGAUGGUGGCGAGGAGAAACCCAGUGGCAAGUCCUCCCAGAGGAAGUCCGAGAAAUCUCAGUAUGAACCCCUGGACUUGUCUGUGCGGCCAGAUGCCGCCUCCCUCCCGGGCUCCUCGGUAACUGUGCAGGACAGCAUCGCGUGGCACGGCUGCUUGUUUUGUGCUUUCACAACAUCCUCCAUGGAGCUCAUGGCCCUUCAUCUCCAGGCCAACCACCUGGGCAAAGCAAAACGCAAAGAUAACACCAUUGGGGUCACAGUCAACUGCAAAGACCAAGCCCGGGAGGCAAGUAAGAUGGCCCUGCUGCCCCCGUUACAAUCAAACAAAGACCUGGGCCUCUCCAAUAUGAUCAGCUCUCUAGACUCUGCUUCUGAGAAGAUGGCCCAAGGUCAGAUCAAGGAGACUCUGGGGGAGCAGAAGAGUGGCACAUGGACCGGCCAUGUGGACCCUGCAUUUUGUAACUUCCCAUCAGACUUCUACAAGCAGUUUGGUGUUUACCCAGGCAUGGUUGGCUCAGGGGCCUCCAGUUCCUGCCCCAACAAGGAGCCUGAUGGAAAGGCCCACUCUGAAGAGGAUGCCCCCAUCCUGAUCCCCGAAACCACGAGUAAGAACACUACUGAUGACUUCUCCGACAUCGCCUCCUCAGAGGACAUGGACUCCUCCAAGGGAGAGAACAACGAUGAAGAGGAUGUUGAAACCGAACCGGAAAUGAUGACCAAGCCACUGUCUGCCCUCAGCAAAGACAGCAGCAGCGAUGGAGGGGACAGCCUGCAGCCCACAGGCGCCCCCCAGCCCGUCCAGGGACUGGUCUCACCUUUAUCCCAAGCACCGGAGAAGCAGUGGCACAGCCAGGGUCUUCUCCAAGCCCAGGACCCCUUGGUGGGCCUGCCAAAGCCGGAGCGGGGGCCCCAGAGCCUGGACAAGCCGAUGAACAUGCUGUCGGUCCUCAGGGCCUACAGCUCUGAUGGCUUAGCAGCCUUUAACGGACUUGCAAGUAGCACAACAAAUUCUGGAUGUAUCAAGAGGCCAGACUUGUGUGGUCACAGGCCUUUCCAGUGCCGCUACUGUCCCUACAGUGCCUCUCAGAAGGGGAACCUGAAGACCCAUGUCCUCUGCGUCCAUCGCAUGCCUUUUGACAACAGCCAGUAUCCCGACCGCAGGUUCAAGCGCUCCAGGGUCGACUCGGAGGCUUCUGGGAAUUUCGAGGAGCCUACAGCUGUCAAGGCGGGGAGCUCUGCAGACCUCACGGAAGAGGGCGGCAAGGGCCAGGAGGAUACCAACUGAGCAGACCAACCUGUAUAUUGCAAUAGUAUUUUACACAGUUUUAACAUUAUGCAUCUGGUAAAAGUUUGCUAACUGCAUUCCAAGGGGAAAAAAUCAUGUACAACCCCCCUAAUAGUGUAUAGAACAUUUAAAAAAUUUUAAAAGAUAUCUAUAUAUAUAUAUUAAAAAAAAAUUCCCCAGCCCUUGAAAAUGGCUGCUAAACUGUUACCCGGCAACAAGUACUUCCAAAACAAUGCAGGUGGGAGAAAAGUGAUUUCAAAAAUUCUUGGUGCCCUCCGAGCUGGAGAGAGCUGGGGGCCCUUCCAACUCGAAAGUCGUCUUUGUCCAAAAAUAACGCUCUUAACCGAAAAACGAUACCAUCUAAACGAUUUAGUGUUGCGUUGAAGAUGGAGGGGCUGUGUUUUCGUUGUUGAAAACACCUCUAUAAUCUGACACCAGCUGCUGUCAUUUGCCUAGAACCCUAAUGAGAUGUGUCGGGAGGCAGCUGCGGUGCCAGUCAGACUGGAGCGGUCACUGCAGAGAAAAUCAAUUCACGUGGUGUUGUAACUGCACUCUUGGAGAAACCUUAGACGGCCCGCAGCCAGCGCCAAGGCUGACCGGCACUGCAGAGGAUUGAGAUCUUAAAUGCGCAUUUUUACAAAAUACACAGCCAAAUGAAAUCAAUGAUCAGGAAGUGUCUGCAGACAAAUGUCCAUUGCAGGUUUGAUGAGUGAUUCCUUUUUUUAGAUCAAAUUGUUCUUGGUGGUCUUUUUUUCUUUUUUUAAAAAAAUUUUUGGAUGAAGAAGGAAGUUGCUAUUAAAAAAAAAGUAGGGUACAUUAUAUAAAAUGUUAGAAAAACUAGCUAACCCCAUCCAUAGAAGAUGCUGGUGAGCAAUUAAAAUUUAGGUAAUAAUAGAAAGAUUUUUUUUAUUAUGAUUUUUAAAAUUUUACUUGAAGGAAGGCUGCUCCGGUUCUUAUUAUCAGAUUUUUUUUUCAUGUGUUGGUUUUUAUAAGUGUUACAGACAUGAAGCAAGAUUUUCUUCUCCAGCAAGCUCUUAUGAAAUAGCUUGUAUUAAAAUAUGAAUCUAAACAUCGUGCUCUCUAUCUCUAAUGACGAAAACUGUUUGAGUUAAAAUGUCUGUUUUUGUAAAACAAAUGUGUUCUAUAUUUUUGUAGAUUUUAGAUUUUCUACUGAUUGGAUACUCCAAAUUUAUCAAGUUCUGCACCAUACAGAAGGAGAUUUUGAGUGUCAAUAAUGAAACACUUAACUCAUUAAAAAAAUGAUUUAAGAAGACUAGUUAAAGGUUUAUUCUUGAAUCUGCUAGCAUGGUGUAAAGUUGAGCCUUUUAACAUACUUCCUUUGAGUGACAUGAAAUUGGUGCUGUUGCUUGUGGUGGUAGAGAAGUAUGAAAGUAUUAACUUCUUCUAAAACAAAAUAAUUCAGACUUAAAAAAAAAAGUCAAUAUUUCCUUGCAGGCUGGGAGCACAGAUUAAACCCCAGGGCCUUAAAAACUUCAGCUCUGCCUACAGCAGUUUACAAAAAUACUAAACUGCAAUCAAUGUAAAUAAAAUUCUUAGUGCUAUCCUGAGACCAGAAAGAAUCUCAGGCUAAUAAGGAAUCCGGUUUGCAUAUGCUGUCAAAAGGGUGUCAUCUAACCAAGGUUUCAGUGUAAAUGAGGUCGCUGUGCAACUUGGACCCAUCUGGCAUAGAGCAAGCUGCUUUCUUGUUUUUCUAGUAUAGUUCUCACUGCCUUACUUAAAUCGAGUUGAUAAACUUAAUGCAACUGUUUCUAUGAUCCUAGAGAAAGGACUGAAAUGUUAUUGAAAACUUUCCGACUGUAGUAAGCUUUAGGAUUUUAACUGCACUACUGUGUUUGGUGACUGUGCCAGUCCCUUGCUUUCUGUGUUUGCUCUGCCUUUGGUAUCUUAGCAAAGAAAAAUAAAAAAAGAAAAAAAAAGAAAAAAGAAAAAAAAGAGGAAAAAAAAGUGGGGGAAAAAAUGAGAGCCACAUUCCAUUUCUAGCACUUUGGGAGCUCUUUCAGUAUUUUUUUGUGUCUUUUCAGCAUCCUCAGAUGCGACAGGCAAUAAUUCUGUUUGUGACACUGGGAACAUCCCCUCUUCUUUGUGGCGUGUGUGUUGAUUCCAUUUUGUCCAGUGCUACUGUCCUUCCUCCCCGUCUGACACAGGCCUUCUUUCCAGAACAUUUGUAACUUGUAAUACAAACAAGUGACAGCCACAGUGAUGCAGCGUCAGUUUCUGAAUGUCAUCAGGUUCUCAUAUCUAAACAUGUCAAGUUUUUUCCCUGUAACUUCUGUAGUCUGUGAUGCUGGUCAUAAUACUGUCUACAUUCCUACGCAAAGAAAAAAAAUCUAUCUUGGAGGAAAUCUGAGAUCAAUAGGAGUAGAGGAUUUUGUUGCUAUGCUUGUAACAAGUAGAAAACUUUGUAUUUAAAGUUUAUUCUUGGUCAUUAUUUAUUAUUAUAAUACAUCAGUUGACAGAACUUUAUUCUGGUAUAGAAAGUAUUAAAAGUUGUUUUUUCAGCAAUGACUGUUUUCUUUCUGCUGUUAGAAUAAAAUGUCUUUGA